GAGAGAGAGAAACCAUGGAAGGAGAGAACACUACAUCAAACUGUGUCUACAGAGAGUGUUUGAGAAACCAUGCAGCCACCCUCGGUAGCUACGCCACCGACGGCUGCGGUGAGUUCACCCUCGACGACAUGUCCCACGGCGGAAGCCUCCAAUGCGCCGCCUGUGGCUGCCACCGUAACUUCCACCGGAAAGUGACAUGCCCACCGAGCCCAGCAGAGACCACCACAACCACCACCAACACGGCUGAUCUCAUGGACUAUUCCGGCGGCGGAGGCGGAGGUGAAGGGAGGUCGGCGGAGGCGGUGGAAGGAGGAGGAGUGAGGAUAGGGAAGAAGAGGUUCAGGACAAAGUUCACAACAGAACAGAAAGAGAAGAUGUUAGGUUUUGCAGAGAAACUUGGGUGGAAGCUGCAAAGGAAGGAACUUGAUGAUGAGAUAGAAAGGUUCUGUAGAAGUGUUGGGGUUAGUAGACAAGUUUUCAAGGUGUGGAUGCAUAAUCAUAAGAACUCUUCUUCUAAUUCUUCUGCAUCCACUGGCAAUGCUUCUUCUCUCACUCAAUAAACUCUUUUGAGAAAAAAAAAGAUAGAGAGAGAAUAUUAUUGCAUCUUAAUGCUUUAUUUUUCUUUUUUUUUAAUAUUUUGUUCUUUCUUUUUCUUAUCAAU